AUGAGUUCUUCAUCAAGCUCUCGUGAACCUUCACCAUCUAUGAAACAAACUUUACCAAACGAUUAUGGAGCACCUAUUGAAUAUUUCUUACGAGCUGCACAAUGGCAAAGAGCAGUCUCACCAAGGUUAGGUGUUCCACCAGCUCCUGUCAAAAAUAGCAUUUGGUCAAGUCCUUAUAUAAGAUAUGGUCUCCCACUAGGUUUGCUAGCUACAGCAGGAGCAGUUAUGAUGUUGAAAAGAAAUAAAGCAAAUGUUGUAAAUAAUACUGAAGUAGCUGAAGUUAAACAAACUCCAACGCCUUCACAAGCAAAACCUUCAAUGACUCCUGAACCUAUGGAAGUACAAACUCCUGUUCAAAAGUCAACUCCUAAACCUACUCCUCAAAUAAAUCGUAAAACUCCUGCGUUUCCUUACUGA